UACCUAUCAGUGGUCACGUGAAUUUUCGUCCAAUGAAUGCAGACAUAACUCGUUCGCCAACGCCCGUUAUAAUGGUGAAGCAGUAGAAUUUUCAGUUUGUGGAACAUUUAUUUAUAUUUCAGUUUGGAAUCUAAACUAUAGGAUAUAACUCUAAAAAACAUUGACAAUGGGUUCUGAGGACAAAUUCAGAAUAAAUCUACAGGAGCUGUUCGAAGACUAUGCUUGGCAAAGGUUUUCUGCCAGAAGAAAUAUUGUUAGUCGGAUAUUCAGCAGACGUUCCAAAUACUACAUAGAUAUAAGGUGGGGCUUCAUCGAGUUCAAGCACGAAACAACUAGAUUUGAGGAGAGACCGGACGCGGUAGACAACACCCCUGCGCAAGUGUCCGUUUCCGGUGAAAGUGGAGCCCGCGAAAAGCCAAAGAUAUCGAGAGACGUUGUUUUGUACAAGUCCGACUACGAAAACAAGACACCAUUGAAUCAAGAGUACACCUUUAGUUCGACUAGGCAGACAACAAACUCCACCACAGUAGAGUUCCAGGAGAGCUACACAAAGGGAGGGGAAUGUAACAUAGAAAUCAGUGUCCCUGGGGAUCUGGUGACCGUUGGGGCGGGGCUUAGCGGCGAGUUGUCCGUUACCAAAACCGAGAGUGAGACCUUUGAAACCACCACCUCAUGGACAGUAGACACAAAGGUCGGGGUCAAGAGAGGUCACCGGGCCGAAGCACAGGUCCACGUGUCGGAGCGGAACUCGGUAGCAGACUUCGAGGUCAAAACGACCAUGAAAAUCACGGACGGCAAAGAGCUUCCGAUCGCCAUCCGCCGGUUGUCCGAUGAUAAAGUUGUCCACGUGGUUGUGGUACCGGAUCUGCUGGACGUAUUCUAUGAUCUAGUCCAGAAAAAUCAAAAUGUGACCAAGUCUGAAUACAUCGACAAAUCAAGGAAAACUCCGCGCAAACGCCACAACGUCAUCUUGUACACGCGCGGCACGUGCAAAAGUAUUUCAUGGAAAAACCAGCAUGUUGAGGUUCAUUCCGAGAGGAUUGCAUCAUAUUCUUGCAGUGAUGACGAUUCAUUGGAAGGAGAGGAUUAACGGAGAAUUGGCUUCUUUAGAGAGGUGCUUGUGCUCGGAUUACGGAAUUAUGAUCCAAUUCUGCUGUUUGUAUGACUGUGAUAUGAAACGUUGGACGCGCACUUAAGUGUACUCGCAUUUACAUGAAUACUUCUAUGUGUAUAUAUCAAAUACAAGUUGUGGAUGAAUUAGAUUUUUUGAUUAUCAUACCCAUUAUAUAAUAGUUGUGCUGCUAAAUUGUAAUACAUAUAGUAAUAAAUUUGAAUAAAUGAUAGGUUCAUAACUUCA